AGACUGUCACCCAGGCUGGAGUGCAGUGGCGUGAUCUCGGCUCACUGUGGCCUCCACCUCCCAAGUAGCUGGGAUUACAGGCUUGCGCCAUCAUGCAGGGCUAAUUUUUGUAUUUUUAGUAGAGAUGAGGUUUCAUCAUGUUGGCCAGGCUGGUCUGGAACUCCUGACCUCAAGUGAUCUGCCCACCUUGGCCUCCCAAAGUGCUGGGAUUAAAGGCAUGAGCCACCACGCCUGGCCUAGGUUGUUCCUCUACUGUGAAUCUUGAGGUUAUGGUUUCCACUAGACUAUAGUGCUCAACUAUAGUGGCCUAUUUUAAGUGGCCUUAUAAUUCCUAACCAAAGUGACUUGUGAAACAGAGGACCCUGGAUAAAUUUAAAUGUUAUAAAGAUGAUAAAAUGUACAGGGUGAAGAGGGAACAGAAAUCUUUGCCCCCUGACUUUGGAAAUCUCGUUUAACCUUCAAACUGGCGAUGUCAAGGGUUCCAAGUCCUCCACCUCCGGCAGAAAUGUCGAGUGGCCCCGUAGCUGAGAGUUGGUGCUACACACAGAUCAAGGUAGUGAAAUUCUCCUACAUGUGGACCAUCAAUAACUUUAGCUUUUGCCGGGAGGAAAUGGGUGAAGUCAUUAAAAGUUCUACAUUUUCAUCAGGAGCAAAUGAUAAACUGAAAUGGUGUUUGCGAGUAAACCCCAAAGGGUUAGAUGAAGAAAGCAAAGAUUACCUGUCACUUUACCUGUUACUGGUCAGCUGUCCAAAGAGUGAAGUUCGGGCAAAAUUCAAAUUCUCCAUCCUGAAUGCCAAGGGAGAAGAAACCAAAGCUAUGGAGAGUCAACGGGCAUAUAGGUUUGUGCAAGGCAAAGACUGGGGAUUCAAGAAAUUCAUCCGUAGAGAUUUUCUUUUGGAUGAGGCCAACGGGCUUCUCCCUGAUGACAAGCUUACCCUCUUCUGCGAGGUGAGUGUUGUGCAAGAUUCUGUCAACAUUUCUGGCCAGAAUACCAUGAACAUGGUAAAGGUUCCUGAGUGCCGGCUGGCAGAUGAGUUAGGAGGACUGUGGGAGAAUUCCCGGUUCACAGACUGCUGCUUGUGUGUUGCCGGCCAGGAAUUCCAGGCUCACAAAGCUAUCUUAGCAGCUCGUUCUCCGGUUUUUAGUGCCAUGUUUGAACAUGAAAUGGAGGAGAGCAAAAAGAAUCGAGUUGAAAUCAAUGAUGUGGAGCCUGAAGUUUUUAAGGAAAUGAUGUGCUUCAUUUACACGGGGAAGGCUCCAAACCUUGACAAAAUGGCUGAUGAUUUGCUGGCAGCUGCUGACAAGUAUGCCCUGGAGCGCUUAAAGGUCAUGUGUGAGGAUGCCCUCUGCAGUAACCUGUCCGUGGAGAAUGCUGCAGAAAUUCUCAUCCUGGCUGACCUCCACAGUGCAGAUCAGUUGAAAACUCAGGCAGUGGAUUUCAUCAACUAUCAUGCUUCGGAUGUCUUGGAGACCUCUGGGUGGAAGUCAAUGGUGGUGUCACAUCCCCACUUGGUGGCUGAGGCAUACCGCUCUCUGGCUUCAGCACAGUGCCCUUUUCUGGGACCCCCACGCAAACGCCUGAAGCAAUCCUAAGAUCCUGCUUGUUGUAAGACUCCGUUUAAUUUCCAGAAGCAGCAGCCACUGUUGCUGCCACUGACCACCAGGUAGACAGCGCAAUCUGUGGAGCUUUUACUCUGUUGUGAGGGGAAGAGACUGCAUUGUGGCCCCAGACUUUUAAAACAGCACUAAAUAACUUGGGGGAAACGGGGGGAGGGAAAAUGAAAUGAAAACCCUGUUGCUGCGUCACUGUGUUCCCUUUGGCCUGGCUGAGUUUGAUACUGUGGGGAUUCAGUUUAGGCGCUGGCCCGAGGAUAUCCCAGCGGUGGUACUUCGGAGACACCUGUCUGCAUCUGACUGAGCAGAACAAAUCGUCAGGUGCCUGGAGCAAAAAGGAAAAAAAAAAAAGAAAGGACAUUGAGUUUUAACAGAAGGGAAAAGGAAAGAAGAAAAGAUUUUUGCAGAAUUUCUCAAAAAUCAGUUUGUGGAUUCCAGUAGUAUUUAUAUUGAGAGAAACAAAUUUUAGUCCUUCUAACUGUGCUAAAACUUGGAUAUUUGUGAAAACUCCUUACCACCAUACAAGCAUCAGAAGAGCUCUCUUGUUGUUAGCACUUAUUGUUUGCAAGAACAGAAUACAUCCUUUUAUCCUUUUAUGAAAAAUGACAAGUGAAGGCAAAAGGGGAAGGUUAUUUGAUCUGGAAGAUGAGUGUUCUGAUGUGGUGGCUUUUGCAAAAAUCUUUAUUGGUGUUGAAAACUGGAAAAAAUAACUCAUCCAGAAUUCAUACUGUCUUGACAAGAACUAUGGUUCUCUGUUUUUAGAUAUUGUGGAAAAUGUUUUUGGGCAUUUUUCUCUGAUUUUAUUUCUUCUCCCCCACCCCUUUUUCUAAAAAACAAACAAACAAAAAACACACACAAAACAAAAACAGAACAAAAGAAGAGAGAAGGAAAUUUUAUCAAUUAAAAAUGCUGUGUGAUAAAAUCCCAGCCCAGAUUGCUCAGCUGUUUGUACCUGACUUGCCGCCUGCAUAGGAGCCCCUUUUCCUCCAGGGGAGAACUUCCAAAUGUUAAAUUUUUUUUUUGAAAAUAUAAAUAAUUACUAUUUUGUA